AUCAGUGACCGAAUCAGGGAGCAGGACGCCGGGCUCAGGGGCCGCCGCCUCACCGGAGCUGCUCUGGAGGACCGAGGUGAUGAGAGUUCGAGCUCCAGGUUGAUGAAGAGGACAUGGAGACACGGAUCAGAAGAGUCCGACACAUGAGUCCCGUGAGUCUGCUGCUGCUCUGCGUCUGUCCGCUGUGCUGCCGGGGCUCCUGGAUGUGGUUGGGUGUGGCGUCGGCCGGCGGCCCGGACAAGCUGAGCUGUUCGAACCUUCCUCUGAGCAACAGGCAGAGGGAGCUGUGUCGCAAGAAACCUUUUCUGUUGCCGAGCGUCCAGGACGGAGCUCGACUCGCUAUCGACGAGUGUCAGAGUCAGUUCAGACACGAGAGGUGGAACUGCUCCGUCAACCAGCGCCCUCCGGUGUUCGAACAUGAGUUAACCAGCGGAACCAAAGAAACAGCGUUUAUCUACGCGGUGAUGGCUGCAGGGCUGGUCCACGCCGUCACGCGCUCCUGUAGUCAGGGCAACAUGACGGAGUGCGGCUGUGACGCUCGGCUGCAGGGCGGCGGCUCCGUGACGGAGGGCUGGCACUGGGGCGGCUGCUCGGACCACAUCCAGUACGGAACCUGGUUCAGCCGCAGGUUCAUCGACGCCGCCGCCAAAAACAUGUCGACGAGCAGGGGAGGAUACACGCUGGUGACCAUGAACCAGCACAACACAGAGGCAGGACGCCAGGCGAUUGACAGGACGAUGUUGACAGACUGUCGUUGUCAUGGUGUUUCCGGUUCCUGUGCGGUGAAGACGUGUUGGAGGACGAUGGCGGCGUUCGAACGUGUCGGCGUUUAUCUGAAGGAGCAGUACGAGCACAGCGUUCAGGUGUCGGACCGCUCAAAGAGGAAGACGAGGAGGAAGGACCAGCGUCUUCUUCCUGUCGACAAACACCAGCUCAUCUUCUUCAACAAGUCUCCCAACUACUGCCUGGAGGACCGGCGCCGCGGCAUCGCCGGCACCCGAGGGCGCCGUUGCAACCGGACGUCCGCUGGACCGGACGGUUGCAACCUGCUGUGCUGUGGCCGUGGAUACAACACGCAUGUCGUGCGACACGUCCAACGCUGCGAGUGCAAGUUCGUCUGGUGCUGCUAUGUCCGCUGCAGGCGCUGCGAGAGCAUGAACGACAUGCACACCUGCAAAUAAAUAAAUCACAACUGAGGACAAAGUUUCAAACAUCAAGUUUCAAACAUCAGUCACUACAACAGCAUGAAUAACAUGCACCUGUAAAUAAAUCACACCUGAGGAUAAAAUCUCUCCUCGAGUCUCGUGACCAACUGGUUCUGGAUCUUUGGGUUUUUUCUGAGAAACAAACUGAUGCAUGAAAAUUUCAUUUUGUCAGUAAAUGUUUAUUUAUAUUGAAAUUUAACAUUUCAUUUUGUUGAUUUCAGGAACAAACUGUCAGAAUAUAAUACAAGUUUUAUACAAAUUGAAGUUUAAAAAGUAAAAAAAGUCCAGACAUUUAAAAUUAAACACUCAAAAGACUUACACAAAAGAAAGUUAUUACAAAUCAAUCAAAUUUCUUUUAUUAAGUUUACAACAAUCCAAAGUAAUAAUAAGUAAACUGUCAGGACGAGCUGCUGAUGUGACGCUUUACGUUUUCAUUUUGUCUUUAACAUCUUCGGGACGUUUGAUCAUCGUCCACGUGAAAACAGGAAGUAGAACCAGAGGAACUCGUUAUCAGACACGUUUGACUCGGACUCUAAAGUGAAGCCAAAUGAUCUGUUUAACCUGGUGUCUGGCUCCAGUAGCCCCUCCUCCUCCAUGUUAGCAGAUGGGACAUGGACCAAACAAAGAAAAUCAAAGUAGACGUUAAAUAAAUGUUUGUAAAGAUG